AUGUCGAAUAGAAAUACUAUUCUUGAACCUCUUCUUCAUGUCCUUGAUCCCAUUUCAUUGAUCGUUAACCAUAAUUCAAAUUCAGACCAACCUCUUAGAUUCACCUCUUUAGAAGAUAGCUUCGUUAUGGAGAGAGGACCGAAUUAUAAUGCAUAUGCUGAAUUCAGGGAAAAGAGGUUGCGGUUAAGAUGUUUGAUGGAAGUUCAAGAAGAGAAUUCGGAGAUUGAAGUUGAACCGGUGAAACUCGCCACUACAAUAACGAAACAGGUUAGGUUUCAAGAAGAGAAGUUUGAGAUUGAAUCAGAGAAACUUGUAGCCCCAACAAGGAAAAAUGUGAACUUUCAAGGUGGAUUAGCAUAUGGGAGAAGAGGGUCUUUGGAACAAGAACCAAAACUUGUACCCCCAACCAGGAAAGAGGUUAAAUUUCAAGGUGGUUUGGCUAGUGGGAGAAAAGGGUCUUAUGCUGUUGCUCAAUCCGUGCCUGAUUUCUCUGCGGUAUUGAGGAAAGAAAAUAGGAAGCCGUCGAACUUUCUGCCUUCGGUGAUGGAAACGAAGACACCACCGCCUUCGAAGAGUAGUUUCUAUAAGGAUAAUAACAUGGUAGGGUCAAGUUCAAGAGGAAGUAAGUCAGAGAGUGCAAAGGAGAAAAAGAAAACGGUUGGCGGCGGCGGUGUUUUGAUGGGAAGGAAGAGUUAUGCUAGCUUGGAUGAGCUUAAGAGUUUGUCUUCUGCUACUGCCAUUGCCAUCAAUGGUGAAGGUAGAGGAGGAAGGAAUAGUAGAGUUUUGAGGAAGACAGUUUCAGUUCACAGACAGUUUUGA